ACGGGCCGUGGUGCCGGCUGGAGCCAUUCGAAGAUCCGAAGCGCGUUUUCUACAGCAAAGCAUUGCUAGUUCAUAGCCAUUUUUGUGUUGGAAAAUGCAUCCCAGGGCUCGAGUCCACGCAGACCCGGCUAUGGAGUUGGACCAGAUCGACUGCUUGCCGGACGCGCUCGUCCUGCUCAUCCUGAACAAGCUGGAGGACGUGCGCUCCCUGGGCCGCUGCUCCGCCGUGUCGAAGCGGCUCAACGGGCUCGUCCCACUCGUCCACGACGUCUACGUCAAGAUCGACCGUGUCGUGGCCGUGGACGGCGACGCCGACGACGCUCUCAACCUGGCAUCUCCCAAGCCCCGGCACAUCUUCUCUCACUUCCUGAAGCUCAUGCUGUUCACCAUCGUCAAGCCAUUCCACAGCAUCCGCAACCCGGGCAGGCCGCCGCUGUUCCCGCAUCUCGCGCAGCAUUCGCCCGUGCAGGUGUUACGGAGCUUCUCCCAAGUCCGGAAUCUCCGGGUGGAGCUCCCCUCCGGCGAUGUCGGCACCGAGGAGGAGGUGCUGCUGAAGUGGAGGGCCAAGUACGGGAGCACGCUUCAGAGCUGCGUGAUUCUCGGCGGUACCCUGGUCGAGCGCAAGCCUACUGGCGCUGCUGGCCACGAGCCGUCGACGGAUGACAGCGGAAGCAUGCCGGAGUCUUUCUACACCAAUGGCGGGCUGAAGCUCCGUGUCGUGUGGACCAUCAGCUCCCUGAUUGCCGCGUCGACGAGGCAUUUCCUUCUCCGGUCAAUCAUCAACGACCAUCCGACAUUGAGAAGCUUGGUCUUGGCGGACGCCGACGGGCAAGGCGUGCUGUCAAUGGGCACGGAGCAGCUCGAGGAGUUCAGGGAGAACCAGCUGUCAGCCUCGGCGUGUUCCAACAGGACGCAGGUCCCGGCGUGCAGCAUGAAGUUGAAGUAUGCGCCGUACCUCGAGCUGCCUGGUGGCUUGGCGCUGCAGGGGGCAACUCUUGUUGUUAUCAAGCCGUCUGCUGAUGGGACUAGUGGUUGUCAUGUCAGUCGGAAGGAAACUGAAGCUUUUGUUUCAGGCGCGUUCGAUGGACCGUUCAGAUUCGCGGCCAAGGCGCUGAUGAGGAGACGCACCUAUCUUUUGGAGAUGAAUGGUUUCUAAGCCUGUUGUUCCUCGAGCUGUUCAUGAAUAUAAUUUUAGUGCAUCCCAGCAUUUCCCUUCUAUU